UCUGGAAACAGUAGAAAUACGUGGCUGCCGAUUCUGUUGUUGUUCGACAAAAAUUCCAGCAAAAGCUAAGCACAAAAUUGAAAUUAAUUUAGAUAUAUAUACUAAAUAUGCGAUAAAACAAAUUAACGCUGCCUUUUCAAAUUACGAGUGUCAGCCCAAUUUCUCUACGUAGAAACACGACAAAGAACGACAAUAAUUACUUAGCCUACACAAAAUGGGACUUUGCAAGUGUCCAAAACGUUUGGUGACAAACCAAUUUUGCUUUGAGCACAGAGUCAAUGUCUGUGAGCACUGCAUGGUUCAGAGCCAUCCCAAGUGCAUAGUGCAAUCGUAUCUGCAAUGGCUACGUGAUAGCGACUAUAUAUCCAAUUGUACGCUCUGUGGCACCGGCCUGGAGCAGGGCGAAUGCGUGCGCUUAGUGUGCUACCAUGUUUAUCACUGGGACUGCUUAAAUGCACGCCAAGCCAGUCUGCCUGCCAAUACAGCGCCUAGUGGCCACCAAUGUCCGAGUUGCAGUGUGGAAAUUUUUCCAACUUCGAACCUGGUCUCACCAGUUGCAGAUGCACUCAAACAAUAUCUGUCACAGGUGAACUGGGGUCGAAGUGGAUUGGGCCUUGCUUUGCUUUCGGAUGAACAAAACAACAGCUUCAAAGCAAAAACGAUUAAUAGCCAAUCGGCUGUUCCCAAUAUUACCAAAGUGCAUCAUCAUUCCGCCGGCGAGCGUGAGCGUAUGAAACCGAAUGGAGGUAUUGAUAGCUCCAGUCCACAUUCCGUGCUGCUAAUGGAUGCCUUUAAUCCGCCUAGCUCUGACAUACAUGGAACUAGCAGCAGGCGUCCGUUGCUGCCCCGACAGCCGCCGAUUGGCGGCACCGAUCGUGAUGAUAAUAAAUAUCAACGCCGCUCGCCGGCCGAGUUAUUCUCCCGUUGGACCCGACGCUUUUAUGCACCAUCCUCGCGUCCACCUUGGCGCCGUACCUGGUUCUUGGUACUCAGUGGCAUUUUGGCCUUCAUUCUGUUUGUAUAUAUAAUGGCAGUGCUGGGUCGCGGAGGCAAUGAUAGCUUGGAUGACAGCUGGAAUAAUCCAAACCCGAAACAAAACCACUACGAAUAAGCAUAUAUAUAUGUGUGUAUCGCCUCAUCGUAUAUCCGAAAAGUCCUUCCCCCUGUUAAAAUCAAAACUUAUUUAUGUAACCCAAAAUAUUGCAGAAGAAAACUUAAUACUA